UUUGAUAGUUUUAGUAAUAUUAUCAAAAUGUGAGACUUUGAUAUAGAAUGAGGGUUUAAUCAAGAAUGCUGCUACGGAAGUUUCUGUGCAAGAAUAGGCCAUUGUGAUGAGUGGAUCGAGUGGGUUUUCCCACUAUAUGGAAUCAUCCUCAUUUCUAUUGGAGCCUGCAUCGUUCUAAGUGGACUUAUUGUUCUAGCAUGUUGUUGAGUUAUGAGAAGAAGGAGGAUGAAUAAUAUGAAUCGAAUGGCGGCAGCUCAGACUAGAAUGAUCAAUCAGCCAACAACUGUGACAAAGCAUGUUGUUACACACAAUGUGCAGGCUCCAAAUAUGCAUUCUCAAGUGCAUCAUAACGCUAAUGUUCAUGCUGCUGCCCAUGCACAGGCUGUGAAUAAUGCUAACUUCAUGAAUGCUCAGCACAAUAUGAAUGCUGGCUUUGCAAUUAAUAAUGGAGUGAAUACCUCAAAUGAUGCAAUGAAUCCAAAUCCUGGUGGUUUCAAUGUCAAUGUAGGGGUAAACAUGCCAUAGCUGCUCGAUUCUCUAAGUUAUA